AUGACCAACCCAAACUCUUAUGAUCAGUAUGCUGAUCAAUUAUUAAAUAGCGUAUUUCAAAAUGUAAAGCAAACCGCAUCUCCUCCUCCUGCAGCCGUCGUAAGCCAUGAAGACGGACUCUUGAGCCAAUUAUUUCAAGCAGGUCUUCCCUCACCCCAACUCUACGGAAAUAACAACACCAACGAAUUAUUUCUACUUCAACAAUUAAAACAACAGCAAUUACUAUUAGAAAGACAGCAGCAAUUAUUAUCUCCGAAUCCUUCCUCCUUUCAUCCCAUUCCUAUCCAACCUACUACUCCUCCCACACCACCCGUCACCGAAGAUGUUCCUCCUCCCGCUCAAACCAAGAAAAUUGCUCGCGUUCCUGUUCCAGUCAUCCUUCCAGAACCCGUAAAAGAGGAACCAUCCAUUCAACCUUCUAUCCAGGAACAACAACAUCUUCAGGAACAGCAGCACCCUAGCGGAGAACAAAAUAGAUCACCACCACCAUUGCAACAGAAGCAGUUGAACAAAAAGAAGAGUUUUAUCCGUGCUUUGUCUGAACGCACAAGCAGAAAUAAAGAAUUUGCUGCUGCUGCAGCGGCAGCCACAGCAGCCAUGAAGGAGAAAACAAUACAACAGCAAUACAAGAACCGAAAGCAAGAACAAGCUCGACUACAAGAACAAGCUCGCUUGCAAGCACAAGAAGUUUACAUGGAAUCACAGCCAACCCAAACACCAAAGCAGAACAAGAAAGCCAAAGCAUUAACAGCGGCAGCAGCAACAACAGCAGCAGCAGUAGUAGUAGCCAAAUCAGAUGAAUCGCAUCGACCGGUUGUAGAAAGAAAACCCAGCUUUUGGAAACCCCGAGAAGAAAGACCUAAAGGUUGGUGGAAAGGACAAACGGCCAAUAAAAAACAGACACAAGAAGAGGAACAAUACGAAGAAAUUGAAGUAGAGGAAGAAGAAGAAGAGGAGGAAGUGAUUGUUCCGGCACCCAAAAAAAAAGUCGUGGUGGUAAAAAGAGUGAUUGUUCCCAAGAAAGUACCUUCAAUCAAAGCAACGAAACCCAAGAGACCCAUGGCAUUUAAGCCACCACCUACAACCAGUAGUAGUAAGAAAAAAAACGAUAAACAGAAAUCCAAACAUAGUGAAACGUGUCAUGCUGCUGGUGCUACCACAACGGCUGUAGUACAGCAACCCAUGUACGUCAUGCCUCAGCAAAUGUACGGACAACCCAUGUAUCAGCAGCCAAUGAUGAUGAUUCCCCAGCAGCAGCAGCAGCAGCAGCCGUACCCUUACUAUGGUAUGCCUCCCAUGAUGGGUGGAGUCUAUCAGCAGCCGUAUGGUACACCUGUUGCACCGGAGAAAGAGACAUCGACUACUCCUACCAAAAGAAACAAGUCGAUUUACAAUCCUAGAGAAAGCACAAAUGAUAAAUGCUCCAUCAUGUAA